AAAGACUAUCUAUCACCUUCCAUGGGCUCCUCCUUCUCCCUCUUUACCGACGUUGGACCGAUCCCGCCUCAGUAUCAAGUGUUCAUCAACUUCCGAGGCGAAAAACUUCGUGAUGGGUUCCUAGGAUUUCUUGUGGAUGCUCUUUUAAAAGAGAAUGUCAACAUCUUUAUAGAUGAUCAUGAGCUUAGAGAGUUAGAGGGAGAGAUCUUGAUCAUCUCUUCAAUAGGAUCGAGGAAUCGAGAGUCGCAUUCACAAUCUUCUCCAAGAACUUCACCGAGUCAAGAUGACGAUGUGAAGAAACUAAAGGGAAAGUUUGGAGAGAAUUUCCGGGAACUGAAGUCAACGCAUCGCGGCGAGCCUGAAACUUAUCAGAGAUGGAAGGAAGCUUUAUUUUGUGUUUCGAGAAAAACUGGCUUAUCUUCAUCACGAUACAGUCGUCAAAAUGAUUUGGUGAGCACAAUCGUUGAGGAGGUUAAGAAAGUUUUAAACGAUAUCGCCGAGAUGGAACGACAAAUCGUUGAAGCGAAACGCAACCAUUUGGGGGCAAGAACAGAUGAAUUGAUUAGAUUUGUUGAAGCAAAUUUUAAACAAGAAAGUCUUAAGCCUCCCAUGACAGAGCCAAGAUCAUACCAACGUCCUCCUCAGGUGUUCAUCAGUUUCCAUGGAGAUGAAUUACGCGACAAUUUCAUCAGAUAUCUUGUGUGGGGAUUGAGAGAUGAAAGAGUCAACGUUUUCAUAGACAGAGCAGAAGCAAAUAGGAGAGACAUACGAAAUAUUUCCACAAAGAUCGAGGAGUCGAAUAUCGCGGUCGUCAUCUUCUCCAAGAGGUAUACAGAGUCAGAGAUGUGUUUGAACGAGCAUCAAAAGAUGCACGAGCACGUAAAACAAAGCAACCUUAAGGUGAUACCUGUCUUCUACGAUGUGAGCAUAAGCGAUGUAAAGAAUCUCCAGGGUGAAUUCGGUAAUCAUUUCGAGGAAAUGAGGAUGAAAUAUGCCAACGAUCCACUCAAGAUCUUGAAUUGGGAGGAUUCAUUGAGUUCAAUAGCAGAGAGGACCGGCUUAACCUCGGAAGAACACGGAAUGGGUUUAGGUCUUGUCAUGGCAAUCGUUAGGGCGGUUAAUAGCGAGCUAACGGACUCUUCCGAAAGAAGAAAGAUUACGAAAGGACAAGUGUUUGUUUUGGCUUCAGCUGCGGUUUUUAUCUUUAGUCUCUUUGUAGCUCGUUUACUUUGCACUGAUGUGAAAGUUUACAAAGCUGUUAAGUGUUUACUAGGUUUCCCAGUUUUGCCGUUUGCUUCCGUCGCGAAGCCGUUGAUUGAGGCUUUGAUUCAGGAAGGUGAUUCGAAUCUGCAGAUCGGAGCGGCGUUGUGUUUAGCGGCGUCUGUUGAAGCGGCGACGGAUCCGGAAUCAGAGCAAUUGAGGAAAUCGUUGCCUAAGAUUGGGAAAUUGCUUAAGAGUGAUGGUUUUAAGGCUAAAGCUGCGUUGUUGAGUGACGUCGGGAGUAUAAUUACCGCCGGUGGUGCGGGAACUAAACCGAGACAUUCUUCGACAAAAAGUGAGAAGAGAAACGAGGUCUCUUCAGCGGAUCUCUUCGCCGGAUCUCUCGCCGGAGUGUAUCAGCCACUCCUUCUCACUCCAGUCCAGUCCAGCCACUCCUCUUUGAUCUUCUUCCCUGGAACUCUCGCCGGAAUUCAGCACAAGAGUGACAUGUUUCUCUUAGGAAUAUGUGAAGUAUGGCCUGGGCCUUGCGUUUUCCCUGACUAUACAAAUUCCAAAGCACGCUCUUGGUGGGCUAAUUUGGUUAAGGAAUUUGUUUCAAAUGGUGUAGAUGGUAUAUGGAAUGAUAUGAAUGAGCCAGCUGUCUUCAAAGUCGUGACAAAGACGAUGCCUGAGAACAAUAUUCACCGUGGAGAUGACGACCUUGGAGGUGUUCAAAACCACUCAUACUACCACAAUGUCUAUGGGAUGCUGAUGGCCAGAUCAACUUAUGAAGGGAUGGAGCUAGCUGAUAAGAAUAAGCGACCUUUUGUAUUGACAAGAGCUGGAUUCAUAGGUAGCCAGAGAUAUGCUGCGACUUGGACAGGAGAUAACCUUUCAAACUGGGAGCAUCUACAUAUGUCUAUAUCCAUGGUCCUUCAGCUGGGGCUUAGUGGUCAGCCCUUAUCAGGGCCAGAUAUCGGUGGCUUUGCUGGCAAUGCAACUCCGAGGCUAUUUGGACAUUGGAUGGGUGUUGGAGCUAUGUUUCCAUUCUGCCGUGGUCAUUCUGAGGCUGGCACUGAUGACCAUGAACCAUGGUCUUUCGGAGAAGAGAUUGAUGCAGUGGUAUACCUAGUGGAUGCAUAUGACAAAGAGAGGUUUGCAGAAUCAAAGAAAGAGCUUGACGCUCUUCUCUCUGAUGAAUCCCUAGCAAAUGUCCCUUUCCUUGUUCUUGGAAACAAACUCGAUAUUCCUUACGCUGCAUCAGAAGACGAGCUGCGUUAUAAUGUAGGCCUCACCAAUUUCACCACUGGGAAAGGUAAAGUGAAUCUAGCAUGAACAAAUGUUCGUCCCCUUGAGGUGUUCAUGUGCAGCAUUGUCAGAAAGAUGGGUUUCGGCGAAGGAUUUAAAUGGGUUUCUCAAUAUAUCGACUAGAUCAAU